GCUGGAGAAACUUCAAUAAAAUAUUGAAUAAAAUAUCUUAAUAUUAUCAUAAAACAUUUCAAGCUACAAAUGUGUUCGUUUAGUUGCUUUUUUGUUUAUUCUGAGCACUUUAUGUUUAGUAUUUUUGCGAUCUUUUCUUAAAAGUCGUUGAGUUAAGGUCAACACGAAAUUAAUCAAUUUCUCAGCAUUCAUUGCAAUCCCACCCUAGACGAACUAAUAUUUUGUUUAUAGAAACGAAUCGUAAUUAUCGAUUGUUAUUUUGGAUGAAAGAUAUCGUCAAUUUGACUAAAUACUCUAUUAAAUUUACAUAUGACGCGCACGCACGCAUGUCUUACAACAACUAGAAAACGAGUAAAACCAUCGAUGAAGGAUUCCUAGUCAAAAGCGCGAAUGUGUUUGGUGAAAGAAGUACCACCAGAAUGACCUGAUUUGAGUGAUACCAUAUGCAUCUAGGUUCUUGUCCAUUUUUAAACAUUUUGUUAAAUGUGAGUUCUCUAUCACGGCAGAUGAGAUAAAAACUAACUAGAUAAGGUCUUAUAGUAGUCAGGUAAACUUAUGCUUUGCCUGCUUUGAAGUGGCUCGUUUAUUAUGGAAAGUGUUGUUUUUUAAUUUUUUUAACUUUUGAUUUGUUGCCAGUGUAAAUGUCAAUGGUCUUGACUUAUUCCAGUUUCCUAUAUCACCAUAUAUUAACGUAUAGAGCGCUUUAAACCGCGCAAUGUUAUAAUAAGGGUCAAUAAUUAGGCUGCGCGCAUCUCAAAUAAGCCAACAAUGUGCGCAAAUCGUUAUUUUAAGCUAUUAAACUUUGGUGGGCGUCUACUCCUGUAAUCAUAUUCAUACGAUUGUCAUUUGCUCGUACAUUAAAAGUGUCGAUUACAAUCUUUAAUCGCAGAUUUCACUUCAAGUGUCCAGUUAAUUACCUCAGUUCAGAGAUAUUUUUAGUAAUAUGUAUAUUGCUCUGUCUGCUGCCCAACACGAACGAAAAAACGCGAUUAUUUUUGACCAUAUAAAACGCGAAAUAGCUUAUUAGGAAUUCUUAUUUGUUUGGAUUUUAUCCUUUGAUAGCUUUCAUCGGGUUUGUGUCGAUCAAUUGCGUCGCUUCGUAUUGUGUUCUGUUGGGGGUGAUGUACCGCAGUAAAAAUACCAUGAACAUGUUUUUGUAAGAGCACGAGUGAUGAUUGUUAGGGUUUUAAUCAUUGGAAUAUAUCAUGUAGAUGUUGAAAGAACCAUGAACCUUUUACAAAGAAACAUUCUUCUUUUGUGACAGUUUGUGUUUUUAUCCACAAAGCGCGCUUUUGUUUAGUUAUCAUUUUGAGGGAAAGUAGCCGAGCGUUCAUGAUUUUCAUGAGCAAGAAAGUGUUGAGUACAAAUCUCUUUGAGUUGUCUGGAUUAACAGGCGUGUAUAAUAAGGUUACGCAGGAGUUUAACCUUGCCAAGUCCUUGAAAAUUGAUUAGGAGUUAGUCUAUAUAGACACAUAGAUCACUCGCGAUCCAAGUUUCUAUUUCAAUAAGAUGUUGAAUAUCCAACGCGCUAAUUCGCAUGUAACAUAACUGAUAUUUGCGUAUUUAUUAACUAAGGUACGUUGAUAAAAAUCUUCAUUUAAAGCUUACAAAUCGUGUUAAUCGGAUCCGUACAGAAAAUUGACCUUGAGACAGCAUGCUGGGUCUCGAAUUCCGUAAGUGUCACGAUGGCAUAUUCCAUAUUUGCGCAGCAUCACUGGUGCGCUUCCUGCGCAAAUACAGCGAGAAAUAUUGAAUAAUCUGCGUGAAGUCCACUUCACGUUUUGCGUUAAAAGAUUUUGUUUUGAACGGCAGUAGAAUUGCAUAGGCUAAAAAUAUGAUAAAACGAUUUUGAAUGAAAUAUUUGGAUCGAUAAGAGAUGAUCUUUACUGGGAGCUGGUAGAACUGUAGUAAAACUGGUAGAGCGAUUUGAAUCUUUCUUUGCAUGAAUACAGUGAAUCAAUAUGUGUAUAAAAUGAAGUUGUCAGUUGAAUGUAACUCCCUCUUGUUGAUACAUCUUCCCUGCUUAUAUCCACGAACAGAUCGUCAAAAAGAGAGUUGGGCUUGUGAGGGAGAUACUUUAAAUCUGGACUGUCGUAUCAAUGCUCGGAUACAAAUGCUCACUGCCAACUUUGGUCGAACAAACAAAAAAAGGUGUGGAUGGAAGAAUGAUACAUCAAAUAUUAAUUGCAUUUCCACGAAAGCCAAGAAUAUAAUUUAUAGAAAAUGUGAUGGUAGGAAUUUUUGUUCGGUGAAAGCAAGUUCGGCGAAUCUUGGUGGAGAUCCCUGCCCAGGUGUCUUUAAAUAUAUUGAUGUGAUUUUUAAAUGCGUAAAUCCAACUCGUAAAACAACAACUACAACACCACCAAAGACCACAGAUAAUUUUACUACAGCAGCUUCUUCUGCUGCAAAAACAUCGAAAAUGCAGCCAACCACACUUUUAACGGAUAUUUCAACUGGGGCAAAGAUAUUUCGUGGUACCAUGAACUUGUCAAAUGACACAAAUUCUAAAGCAAGUAGUAAACGUGCUAAUCAUGGAUUCUUUCGUUCUGUGCUGGUUUUGUUAAUCAUUCUGAAAGACAAGCCCAAACAUUCAAUGCUAAGUGUACAGACUGGUGUAGCAGCAGGUGCAGUGAUUGCACUGUUUACUAUCCUUGUUUGUGUUUGUGUCGACAAGAGAAGGCAAAGAAACGAAUCUGGUACUUUUAAAGAAGCCAAACAAGGCCAAGCUUUUGAGCUCGAAAAAAGCCAACUUAUAGGAAGAAAAAGCAAUUCAGACUCGGCCAAGACAGAUGAUCAAGUUGACUCCGCCUUUUGUGACGAGGAGUUAGACCGGCAAGUCUCGAAUGAUUAUGAAACCGCUUCAGAUCUUGCAUAUUUAGAUGCAUAUCUUGAUGAAUAUAACAAAAACCAUAGUCUACCAAGACCUCCGAUGGCCGAGAAUGGUCGCCGCGAUAGUGGACCUCAGCGCAUGUCUCGUAGAGCCCACAAUGAUGGCAGUAAAGGGAGAAGUUAUGAUUAUAACUCGAAUAAUGACAAACGUUUCAUAACCUUUUCAUAAACUAUCAUACAUCUCAAAAAA